AUGUUCUUUAUAAAACAAUAUCUAUUUCUGUUAUUUGCAUUAUCAAAUAAAACAUUCUGUUUACAAAAUGUAGCAACAACAACAAUAUUACCAACAAUUGUCUUAAAUAGUGAUAAUAAUUCUUCUAUAAAAAAAGCAAGUCAAGAGAAUAAAAUAAUAAGAACAAUCAAUUCGAUUUUUUUUGUUAUAGAUUAUAUAACUACUAGUGAUACAGCAACUGAUGAAAUUAAAAAUGAAAUAUCUGUUAAUGAUUUAUUAGAGACAGCUAAAGAAUCAAAUGUUACCGCUAUACCAGAUAUUCAUCAAGGACCAAAUUAUGAAAUUGAUUGGGGUUUUAUUGAUAAAGAUACUAUUCGUGUGAUAUUUGAUCUAUUCUCUAUUCCAAUAUCAUUAAUUAAAAAUAAUGUAUAUUCUGAAAAAAAUGAACGUAAAUCAAAUCUAUUAGCAACAAUGACUACAACGCCUUCAACAUCACUUAAAAAAAUAUCUUCAUUAAAAUAUUUUCAUUUUAUUAUUCGACCAUAUAAUCAAAAUCGAGAAAUUAUACUUAAAAAGGAAAAAUUAAGUUCAAAAAAUACAACAUUAAGACCACAUCCUCAUUUUUCAAAUUCAUUAAGAUUAACUUCAUUAAAUCAUAAUGAAAAAUAUAGUAUUUGUAUAUGUUAUUAUCAAACGAAUAUUUCAACAAAACCUCCAGAUUUACUUGUCUGUCAAGAUAUUAUAAAUGAUUAUGCCAAAUUUGCUCAUUUAAGAACAGACCCAAAACAUGGUCUUUUAUUUAUUACAACACAGUAUUCAAUUAUCAUUGGUUUACUCGUCGUUUUACAAAGUAUAUUUACAAUGCGAAAACGUCGUAUAACUGAAUUUAUAUCUCAACAUUUAGCAGUUACAGCACAAAAUAUUCGUACUACACUUUCAUCGGUUAGUCUUGUACGACAAUCAUUUUCUUCAUUGGAUGCGGCAGCUGAACAACAACAACAACAACAGCAACGCUCAACAAAUUCUCAGACAAAUCAACGCGAACUCACGGAUCUCGAACUAAAGAGAAUAAAAAAACGGAAUAUAUCAUCACCAGCUAUUGUAGUUAAUCAACUAACUGUGCCCACAAAUGAUGGUGCUAUUAGUUCGGAUGAAACUGAACCAUUCCUUAAACGAAUACCAAGUAAAAAUCAUGUACAUUUUUUACUUGGUCCAGGCGAAGGAUCUGAUAACGAUGAUGACGAUAAUGAAAAUGAAGGUAGUGAAACCAAUAAAACAUUGAAUUCACAAUUGACACCAACACAUGGAGAACCCUAUCGUGAUCAAGCGGAUGCUUUAUUAUCUAUGGCUCAUAUAUUGGAUACAAAUAAGCCAUGGUCUCAAUAUAGACAUCAUACGUCUCCAGUUUGA